AUGUGUAGCAAUAAACAUAAAACGACAUUUGAUUUAUUUGAUAAUUAUUCAUUUACUGAUAAUAGAUAUUAUCCAGAACAACAACAUAACAAUACCAGCAAUAUAAUGAAUAAACCUAACAACUACAAUACACCAUUUUAUCGAGAUUCUGAUGAAGGAAGUCCCACGGAUAUUAAAUUUAUAAAUUCCUCAUCAUCGAUAAAUUCAAUAUUCGAUACUCCAGGUCCAACACCUUCUUUUGCACAAACAACAACUAUAACACCAGUAAUAUCAAGAAAUGAUAUUAAACCUUUAACAGAAUUGGAAUUUUCAAGCAUUAUUUCCAAUAAAUUAACUCAACAUCAAUCACAACAAUCGCAACAAGAAAAAUUAGUAAUAAUAUUAGUAGGGUUACCCGCCUCUGGGAAAUCAACUACAUGUCAUCAAUUAAAACAAUUUAUAAAUAAGACAACUCCCUAUAAGCCAGAAGUAUUCAAUGCUGGAGAUGUAAGAAGAAGAAAUUCUAUUUCAUUUAAUGAUUCUGAUUUCUUUAGUCCAAAUAAUCAAGAAGGUAAAGAAGCAAGAGAAUUAUAUGCAACUAUAACUGUCAAUAGUUUAAUCCAAUCUUUAAAUUCAAAUAUAAUAGAUGUUGGAUUCUUAGAUGCAACUAAUACUACUUUAGAAAGAAGACAACGAAUGAUGAAAACUAUUAAACAAGAAGCAAUUGGAAAUGUUAAAAUUGUAAUAUUUGAUAUUCAAUGUAAUGAUUCAAGAUUAUUAAAUUUUAAUAUUAAUGAAAAAGCAGAUAAUAAUGAUUAUAAGGGUAAAGAAUAUAAAUCAGCAAUUGAAGAUUUUAAGAAACGUACUCAACAUUAUUAUAAAGUGUAUCAACCAAUACUGGAACAAGAAUUAAAUAAUCAACCUUCUUUGGCUAUGUAUAUGAAGGUUGUUAAUGCUGGUGAAUCAUUUGAAUUUAAUCAUGUCGAUCCAAAAUUCAAACAGAAUUCUCAUUGGUUUAAAAUAUUAAGUGAGUUUAAAGAUAGUUAUUAUGAAACGGAAGGGAAACGUUAUUUAGAUUUGGUUAAUAAAUGGUAUGAAAAGAGAUAG